ACACCAAGCUCAUAUGAAGGUGUGGGGGGAAACAGACAAUGCAUUUGUUUAGUGCUCAUGUUUAAUAAUUAGCUGACUUUUUUUGGUGGAUUUGUGGAUCCAGCGAGUGUUCUUCAGAAACGCAGGUUCCAUAAUCAGCAAAGGAAAUCAGAAGUAAACUCUCCCACUGGCUCUGUCACCUACAAGCUCAUUUUUAUUAUCCGACCUGAAACAAUGAAUACAUCUGUUGGAGAUUUCCCUGGCAACUGCAGUACCCCAGCAGACUACCAGUUCUACCUCUUCCCAGCCGUCUACAGUCUGGUGAUGGCACUGGGCCUGCCAGGAAACGUGGGAGCCCUCUACAUGUUCAUCUUCAAGAUCACUCCCCGCACCUCAUCUAACGUGUACGUGAUCAACCUGGCCCUAGCCGAUACCGCCAUCCUCUGCACCCUGCCCUUCAAGAUCCACUACUUCCUCAACAGAAACGACUGGGUAUUCGGAGACAUGGCUUGCCGCAUUACAGGAACACUGUUCUUCGCCAACAUCUACAUCAGCAUCGCCUUCAUGACCUGUAUCUGUGUGGAUCGAUACACGGCCGUUGCCCAUCCUCACAUCUAUCUGAGGCUCCGGAACUCGUGUUAUACUGUAGUGGUGAGUGUGGCGGUGUGGGUGGUGGCAGGGGUGGCUGUUCUGUCCUUCAUCCGAGUGGGACCUCUGGACAGCAAACCUGGCGGAGGUCGCCCCCAGCGCCGUAGCUGCUUUGAGAACUUUUCAAAGCACGAGUGGGACAGGCGUGUGGCGCCGUACAGCUUAUUCAGUCUCGUCUUCGGCUCGCUACUGCCCUCUGUGGUUAUCCUGGUGUGUUACCCUCUGGUGGCACGGCGCAUCUCUCUCAUCCGGACCAACACGGCCCGCGGAGCCCUGAGGGUCAUCUACACCAUCCUGGCUAUCACCCUGCUCUGCUUCCUGCCGUACCAUGUGGUUCACUUCCUGCACCUGCUCCGCCGUCAAGGGGCCAUCCAUCACUGUCCCUAUGCCAAUGCCAUCUACAAUGCCCGGCAGGUGACUCUGGCUCUGGUCAGCCUCAACAGCUGUCUGGACCCCCUGCUCUACUACUUCACCACUAGUCGCUGUAAGUGGAGUCCCUCCAUGGCCAGGUUCAGAUGGAUUUGGGCCAGGAGGAAUAGGGGGCUCUAUACCAUUGCUGUGGCACAGUGAAUGGUUUGGAUAAACUAGCUCCAACUGUAUCCAAUCAGCUAAUGUAAUUGUAUGCUUUUUAUAUUCUACUCACAAACUCUGAAGCCAAUUGAUGAAGCAAUUUUUUGCCAUCGUAAACCACCAACCUUUGCAUACAUGUAGAGUUGAAGUUGGAAGUUUACAUACACCUUAGCCAAAUACAUUUAAACUCAGUUUUUCACAAUUCAUGACAUCUAAUCCUAGUAAAAUUCCCUGUCUUAGGUCAGUUAGGAUCACCACUUUAUUUUAAGAAUGUGAACUGUCAGAAUAAUAGUAGAGAGAAUGAUUUAUUUCAGAUUUUCUUUCAUCACAUUCCCAGUGGGUCAGAAGUUUACAUGCACUCAAUUAAUUCCUCUUGACAGAGCUGGUGUAACUGAGGCAGGUUUGUAGACCUCCUUGCUCGCACUCGCUUUUUCAGUUCUGCCCACAAGUUUUCUAUAGGAUUGAGGUCAGUGCUUUGUGAUGGCCACUCCAAUACCUUGACUUUGUUGUCCUCAAGCCAUUUUGCCACAACUUUGGAAGUAUGCUUGGGGUCAUUGUCCAUUUAGAAGACUAAAUUUCGACCAAGCGUUUAACUUCCUGACUGAUGUCUUGAGAUGUUGCUUAAAUAUAUCCACAUAAUUUUCCUACUUCAUGAUGCCAUCUAUUUUGUGAAGUGCACCAGUCCCUCCUGCAGUAAAGCACCCCCACAACAUGAUGCUGCCACCCGUGUGCUUCACGGUUGGGAUGGUGUUCUUCGGCUUGCAAGCCUCCCCCUUUUUCCUCCAAACAUAACGAUGGUCAUUACGGCCAAGCAGUUAUAUAUCUUUGUCCCCAUGUGCAGUUGCAAACCGUAGCCUGGCCUUUUUGAAGGUAGGCCUUGAAAUACAUCCACAGGUACACCUCUUAUUGACUCAAAUUAUGUCAAUUAGCCUAUCAGAAGCUUCUUCAGCCAUGACAUAAUUUUCUGGAAUUUUCCAAGCUGUUUAAACGCACAGUCAACUUAUUGUAUGUAAACUUCUCACUUAUAAUUCACUGUAUCACAAUUCCAGUUAUGAGUGAAAUAAUCUGUCUGUAAACAAUUUUUGGAAAAAGUUAUUGUGUCAAGCACAAAGUAGAUGUCCUAACCGACUUGCCAAAACUAUAGUUUGUUAACAAGACAUUUGUGGAGUGGUUGAACAACGAGUUUUAAUGACUCCAACGUAAGUGUAUGUAAACUUCCGACUUCAACUGUAUGUAUUCAAGCUUUGUACAAUAGACAUACGAACCUUUACAGAACGCUACACUGAACAAUGGGAUCAUAUUGAAGACAAUCGCGAUGGAAGUCCUUUCUUCAGCAGAGUAGACAGAAAGCUCCCCAGAUCUUCAUCCUACAAAUAAAGCCAGGUUAACAUAAUUUGGAUUGAAAUAAACUCUGAGAAUGUGAUAGAGUAGUUUGACUUGUGAUUAGUAAAUCUACUCUAUCAGGAAACAUACUAACCUAAAGUGUAUUUUGAUCAUAUCAUUGACAUUUACAUAGUGUUUAUCUAAAAAGGGUUAGAUUCGAAAAGGUUCUGGCUUGUGGUCGUUACAUGUACUGCUGUAGCUAGAUAUUUUUGGUCAAAGAAGUGCGUCACAGGAUAUGGCGACGGUGACUCAAGUUAUAGAAACCCCAGGACUCUUUAAGGUUGUGGGCUGCGCCAUAAUGUGUAUAGUGCAACAUGGUUCAGUUAGCACCGUAAGCACACUCCAAAGCUUGAACUGCCUCCAAUCACAUCACUUUUCAGUGGUGCAACUGGCUAGUACGUUGUCGAACAGACGGCCACGCGUGUUUGCGAUGCAGACCCUGGUUCAAGCCAUGUAUGGACAGUGUACCCAGACACUGUGGUCUGGCACAAUAACACUCAUUUCCAACACCCGUCCUCCUUACCUGAUAGCUCUUCAGCUGAAGAGCCUGGGAGGUGCUGGAUGGUGUAACCUUUCAGUAGACUAGAACAGAGGCAAUACAGAGAGAAAUGGGAGAAUGAAUCAUUCAUAUUAGUCCUCUUACUGUAACUUUUUUUUGUGAUACAUGUAUACUUUUCUUUGCUCAAGACAUAGAACAAACUUUGUACAUUGUAUGCCCAAGCUUUACCCAAAUAAGAAUAAAAAUGGUCAACUUUG